AGUGAUCCAAGGAGCCUAGUGACUGGAAUCUCUUCCCAACCCUCCCACCCUAGGAGGCCCCAGAGCCAGGAUAGGAGUGGGAGGGGAGGGCUCCCAUUCCCCACUGUGGUAUUGCUGGGCAUCCAAGGGGAAAGGAGCAACAGCUAACCACGACAGACUUGAGUGGGGAGGGCAGAAAAAGUUUCUCCCCCGCCAAGGGGGAGCAGCAUCAGGCCUGAGCCCUGGCUGACAGCUUUGAUCGGCAACUAGAAGAUGCCUGUUCCAUGGCUCCUCCUCUUCUUCUCCUUGGUUCUUGGUAGCAGGCCCUGGGUCUUCUCUUUGGAGAAGUUGGCAGGGUCUCACGAUGAUGCUCGAUGCUCUCAGGGUCUUUCAUGUCACCUUUGGGAUGAUGUGCUCUGCCUGCCAGAGACAAUCGAGUCCCCCAAAGACCCUGUGCUGGUGCCCACAAAGCUACAGACAGAGGUGGUCCUUCGAUGCACAGAAGAAAGUAACUGUGUCCCUUGUGUUCGAGUGACCCUCCACCUAACAGUGCAGGAGCCUAGGAAGGAGGAUCCUGAUGAGAACGGGUUCCGAGAAGAUGCUGAACCAACACUGCGACCUUGGCCCAGGAAUGAAUCUCUACAGGCAAAAGUCAUACUCUCCUUCCAGGCCUAUCUCUCUGACCGAUGUGUCUUGGUGAAGGUAGAGGUGCCUGCUGCCAUGGUACAGCCAGGCCAAAAUGUGGGCUCGCUGGUAUUUGACUGCUUUAAGGCACCGGUAGGUGGGGAAGUACGGAUCUGGUCAUAUACUCAACCCCCCUAUCAGAAGGAACUCAAUCACACACAACUACUACCAGAUUGCAUCGGGCCUGAAUUGCAGGACAGCGUCCGGAGCUGCUGGGGUAUAGAAUGGAGUGGGGUGCUGCCCUGGUUCAAUGUCUCAGCUGAAGGAGAUGCUAUACAGCUGGUGCUGGAUGUCUCCACUGAGCAGAACUAUAUCCUCUACCUUUACUGGAAUCAGACCCGGAAUUUUAGCACAAGGUUUCGUGAAGUCUUGACAGGACCACAGAAUAUCACCCUGAACCAAACGGAUCUUGUCCCUUGCCUCUGUAUCCAGAUGUGGCCAAAUAUGCACGAUGCCAUCAGAAACAGCCAUUGCCCCUUCUGGGAGGACUCUAGGGCCCACAAGAAUCUGUGGAGCCACAGCAAGCUGAAGCUGCAGUUCUGGGGGACCACGGGCCUGAGCUGGAGGGUGGAGGCGCCCUGCCACUUGUCUGCUGAGAUUGUUCUCUGUUGGAAGCCAAUGAAUAGUGAGCCCUGCCAACCCCUGCCUCUGCCCCUGCCUCGGCAGAAUGUCACCGUGAAUAAAUCCCAGGACCUCCCUCUGCGGACUCUCCAUCCCAAUGUCUGUGUUCAGGUGUGGAGUAGGGAAACUCUCCAGAUUCAGGAGUGUCCACAGGAGGAUAUUUUGGGCCCCCUAAGGGAUGACGUGCUACUGCUGGAGACUUGGGGACCUCAGGAGAACCGUUCCUUCUGUGCCAUGGAGACCAGUGGGUGCACCCCACUGCCAAGCAUAGCCCACACAAGAGCAGCCCUCCUUGGAAAACAGCUUCUUCAAGAUCUCCAGUCUGGCCAGUGUGUACAGUUGUGGAAUGACACAGGGAUCUUGUGGGCUUGCUCUCUUCAAAAGUACACCCAUGAGCGUUGGGUCCUGGUUUGGCUGGCCUUCCUACUACUAGCUGCUUGUAUUCUGCUUCUCCUCCUGCUCAACAGAGGUGGUAUGAAAGGGUGGCUGCAAUUCUUGAAGGAGGAUUACCGCUAUGGGGGGGCUUCCCGUCCGCGUAGAGCCCUCCUCCUCUACUCUCCAGACCAUGCCAGCUUUGAGCGCCUCGUGGGCACCCUGGCCACAGCCCUGCGGCAGCUGCAUAUCUCCGUGUCUGUGGACCUGUGGCACCGGAGGGAAUUAAGUGCCCUGGGCCCCCUGGCCUGGUUUCAUGCCCAGCGUCGGCAAGCCCUGCAAGAAGGUGGGGUGGUCAUCUUGCUCUUUUCCCCGGGGGCCGUGACGCUCUGCCAGGAGUGGCUCCAAGAGGUGGGCGUUGCACAGAGACCUGCCCCCACUGCGGACACCUUUGCUGCUUCUCUCAGCUGUGUGCUACCUGACUUCCUGGAGGGCAGGGCGGCCGGGUGCUACGUGGUGGCCUGCUUUGAGGAGCUGCUUCCCCCCAAGGGGAUACCCGACCUCUUCCAGGCCGUGCCAGUCUUCUCUUUGCCCUCACAGAUGCCUGCCUUCCUGAAGGCACUGCUGGGGGCUGGCAAACGACGCCAGGACACUUUGAAAGCUCAUGCCACACGAGUGGGUCAGUACCUCCAGCCUGCCCUGGAGGAGUGCCUGCAGCUGGGGUCAUCGUCCUCUCUCUGACCCAGCCUUGGCCCCUCGCCCAGUGUGUCCAAGAGCAACAGCCAGAUCCAAGUGCCCUGCAGCCUCUGGAUUUGCAUCCACCUGGAGCAAAGGUCUCCUCCUCGCUGUAAAUCCCGCCCAUCAGUGCCUGAGACAUGUGGAUUUGGGGGGAUGGGAACCCUUCCUGCCUAGGCGGGGGUCUCUGGGAACCGCUGCUUUGGGCUGCGUGGGCAUAUCUGGAUGAAUAAAGAUAGACUUAUUUUUGUA